AUGGGGCCUCUCCCGCUCUUCGUCCGUGGAUAUGACAGUUGUUCCAUCUGCACUUCCAUGCCAUCGUUGCUUUUGUUGAUGCGCAUGUUGGAUGAUGUGCCCGACUUACUCUGCUACCCUGGUGUCACCAGCGGUCAAGAACCGGCUAGUGCUAACAACCCAGCUGGCCUUGGAGCCAGCCAGUGCCUGGCACCCCGUAGCCAUUCAGGAUCGUGUCACCCCGCAGCUGCACCACGGCGCACCGCAGCGCAGCGUCGGAACACCCUAAGAUGCAUACCGGCGACACCUGCAGCUGUUCGAGGUGCUGCUGCUGCUGCGGUUCACCAAGGCGGCUUCGAGGCCGGCGUCGGGGAGUCGGACAUUUCACCUAUAACUGCGCUGAGAGCGCUGCGGGCGGAAGCCUCGCCUGGAAACAUGGCUGAGUCGGCCCCGCAUAAGUCCCGCACGCCAGCCGGAGUAGGCGAUCACGGCGAUGAGAACCCAAAGCUGGCCAGUCGGGUCAAUUUACUCUUCAGCAACCCUCGAGGAAUAUCUUUCGAGUGGUGCCAGCUCCAAGCACUCCAAAGGUACCAGCUGCCCCGCACGAAUGCCACAUUGUUGCUGGCGGCUGGCCUCAGUUCCAGCUCCGAACUUUGCCAGAAGCGGAUCUCGCUGCAUGAUGCGGGGCCUACGGAAUGA